AUGGGUUGCAGCAUGUCCACCGAAGAAAAGGAGGGGAAGCAGAGAAAUGAGGAAAUCAACGCUCAGUUGCAGAAGGAUAAGAUGCUUGCACGCAACGAGAUCAAAAUGUUGCUAUUGGGUGCUGGUGAAUCCGGAAAGUCCACAAUCUUAAAACAGAUGAAGCUUAUCCACGAAGGUGGAUACAGCAGGGAUGAAAAGGAGAGCUUCAAGGAAAUCAUUUUCUCCAACACCGUUCAAUCGAUGCGUGUUAUCCUCGAAGCUAUGGAAACUUUGGAGCUGCCAUUGUCCGACUCUCGAUCCGAAUACCACGUUCAGACCAUCUUUAUGCAACCUGCUCAGAUCGAAGGUGAUUCGCUACCAGCUGAAGUUGGCAAUGCUAUCCGGGCUCUUUGGCAGGAUCAAGGUGUCCAGGAGUGUUUCAAGCGAUCGCGAGAGUACCAGCUCAAUGAUUCCGCUAAGUACUACUUUGACUCGGUCGAGCGAAUCGCCACACCGGACUACGUUCCCUCCGAUCAGGACGUCCUUAGGUCUCGUGUCAAGACCUUGGGUAUUACCGAAACUACAUUCGUCAUUGGGGAUUUGACUUACCGUAUGUUCGACGUCGGUGGUCAGCGUUCCGAGCGAAAGAAGUGGAUCCACUGCUUCGAGAACGUCACAACUAUCCUUUUCUUGGUUGCUAUCUCCGAAUACGAUCAGCUUCUUUUCGAAGAUGAAACUGUCAACCGUAUGCAGGAAGCUCUCACAUUGUUCGAUUCCAUCUGCAACAGCAGGUGGUUCAUCAAGACCUCGAUCAUUUUGUUUUUGAACAAGAUUGAUAGGUUCAGAGAAAAGCUUCCCGUCUCCCCCAUGAAGAACUACUUCCCAGAUUUCGAAGGUGGUGAUGAUUAUGCGGCUGCAUGUGAUUAUAUCCUGAACAGAUUUGUCUCCCUCAACCAGUCAGAAACAAAACAAAUCUACACCCACUUUACCUGUGCUACCGAUACCACACAAAUCAAAUUCGUCAUGGCAGCAGUCAAUGAUAUCAUCAUCCAAGAGAAUCUCAGAAACUGCGGUCUGAUAUAA